AAAAGCUCUAAUCCUCUUGUAUCUCUUUUUCCCGCUUAUGGCUACUUAAGGUUUUUUGUUACCAAAUUUUGGCCACAGCAAAGUGAGGAGCACGUAGAUGUUAAUUUUGAGGAAUCCUUAGGCGAACCCCGGUGUCCCCGCCACCCUGGUUAACGUUGUCAGCGCCCCCAGGGCCCGACUUCCGCGGUCCCUGCGCCCUAAGCCUGCGUCCCCAAGCCGCCGCGUCGCUGUCGUGCCGCCUCCCGCAGGCUUGCCUCGGGAUCGCGGGCAGCGGGUCCGCAGCGGCCGCUGUCGCGCGCGAGCAGGCCUGGGGUGUGCGUGCUCGCCCUGGGACUGGACCGCCUGCACCUGCACCGGAUGCAACGCCUCCCUAAGCGGCGUGUGCGCCCCGGCGGUGGGCCCGGAGCUCCUGGCGCUGGCACCCUCCCCAGCGCGGGUGGGUGGACCGCGGGAGCCUGGUGUCCUUUCGGUUCGGGUUUUCCAAAUUUCUGGAUCAGUGGAGCGCCCUCCUUUUCCUGAGGGCUGGCCAUUCUAGUGGUCUCUUUUCCAAAGCCUCUGCCCAAGCCUUUCGUGUCUUUUGUUUUGUUUUUUUAUGGGCCGCAGAUACACUUCUUAGGUUUCCAACAGGAGACACCUUCUCUCCAUUCUGACUGAAGAUGAGUGAACAGGAAGAGUCCGACCCAUCUCUUCAAGCCCUUGAGUCCCGCCAAGAUGAUAUUCUAAAACGUCUCUAUGAAUUGAAAGCUGCAGUUGACGGCCUCUCGAAGAUGAUUCAGACACCAGACGCAGACAUGGACGUAACCAACAUAAUCCAAGCUGACGAGCCCGCUGCUUUCUCGACCAGCGCGUUGGACUUAAACUCAGUGCUUGGAAAGGAUUACGGGGCGCUGAAAGACAUCGUGAUCAACGCAAACCCUGCCUCCCCUCCCCUGUCCCUGCUCGUGCUGCACAGGCUCCUGUGUGACCACUACAGGGUCCUGUCCACCGUUCACACGCACUCUGCAGUUAAGAGUGUGCCAGAAAACCUCCUCAAGUGCUUUGGCGACCAGACCAAAAAACAGCCCCGUCACGAGUAUCAGCUGGGUUUUACUCUAAUUUGGAAGAAUGUGCCGAAGACGCAAAUGAAGUUCAGCGUCCAAACGAUGUGUCCCAUCGAAGGAGAAGGGAACAUCGCCCGGUUUCUGUUCUCUCUGUUUGGCCAGAAGCAGAAUGCUGUGAAUUUAACCCUCAUAGAUAGCUGGGUAGAUAUAGCGGUUUUUCAGCUAAAAGAGGGAAGCAGUAAAGAAAAAGCCGCUGUGUUCCGCUCCAUGAACUCAGCUCUUGGCAAGAGCCCCUGGCUGGUUGGGAAUGAACUCACUGUGGCAGAUGUGGUGCUGUGGUCUGUGCUCCAGCAGACGGGAGGCGGCAGCAUGACAGUGCCGGCCAACGUGCAGAAGUGGAUGAGGGCGUGUGAGAACCUGGCCCCCUUCAACACUGCGCUCAAGCUCCUUCAGUGAAUUUCGGUACCUGUAAAAGGCUGACUUCAUGAAUGGUGCGGUUUCCUGCCUGUUGGGGGUAAAGGACUUGUACUACUAAAAUCAAAGUCUGCUUAGUCCAGUUGUCUAGAAUGAAUAAAGGUAUCAUAAUUUA